CCCAAUUCCAAAUUUACCCAAAAAGUUGUCCAAAAAUGAAACCCAAUCCCAAUAACACCAGGCUCAUUCUCCUCCACCCUUACAUCCACAAACAAGGCACCUCCUCCAAGAUUUGGCUUCUCGCCUUCAUUUCCUUCUUCUCCCUCGCCUUCCUCCUCCUCCUCCUACUCCUCUACACCCGCGCCUCCACUACUCCCAUCGCCGCUUCCACUACUGUUGCCGCCUCUUCCAUCGUCUCCACCUCCACCGCCACCCCUCUUCCCACCACCGUCAUCAACACCCUUCUCUACUACGCCUCCAAAUCCAAUGACUCCUUCCACAUGACCCACUCCGAUCUCAAGCCCAUCUCCGACGUCCUCCGGAAAUGCUCCACUCCAUGUAAUUUCCUCAUCUUCGGCCUCACCCAAGAGACCCUUCUCUGGAAAUCCCUCAACCACAACGGCCGCACCGUCUUCAUCGACGAGAAUCGAUACUACGCUGCCUUCAUCGAAGAAAAACACCCCGAAAUCGACGCCUACGACGUGCAGUACACCACUAAGAUAACCGAAUUGAACGAACUGAUUUCCACGGUUAGAGAGCAGGUUCGGAAUGAGUGCCGUCCCGUACAGAAUCUUCUGUUCUCCGAUUGCAGGCUGGGGCUCAACGACCUUCCGAACCACGUGUACGAUGUUGAUUGGGACGUGAUUCUAGUAGAUGGCCCACGAGGGGACUGGCCCGACGCACCCGGGCGAAUGUCGGCCAUUUACACGGCUGGGGUUCUGGCGAGGAGCAAAAAAGGAGGGAACCCCAAAACGCACGUUUUUGUGCAUGAUUUUAACGGCGAAGUGGAGAGAGUCUGCAGCGACGAAUUUCUUUGCAGUGAAAAUUUGGUAGAGGCCACUCACACGCUUGGACACUAUGUGAUUGAGCGGAUGGAUGAGAAUUGUUUCCAGUUUUGUCAUAACACGACAACGUUCAGGUCCUAGGGGUUACUGUCUUUGCCAAUAAUACGGCGUCCCGUUUUUUUCUUCAAGUGAUUCAUAAUGUCGCUAUUUUAUUUAUGUUAUCAAAACAUCUUUUUCAUCC